AUGACGACGACUUCCCUGAUCCCAUGGGCCUUGCGACAUCCGCUCCUCGCCCUCCCCUUACCUUGGUGGAUCCGCCCCUCCCGACUCGGUCCAAAACGCUCGCUCGUCCUCGGCCUCACACUCGGUUUCUCCCUCUCCUUGUCGCUGACGGGAUUGGCGCUCUAUGCGCUUGAUGCGUGGAAGAGAAGCUUGAGGAGGAAGGCGGAGAAGAGGGCGAUUGAGAUUAGGGGAGAUGAAGUUGUUGACGGGGUCGAGGCGUUGAUAGGAAACACGCCGCUCGUCCGGAUAAGGUCGCUCAGCGAUGCUCUCGGCGUCGAUAUUCUGGGCAAAUGCGAGUACAUGAACCCGUUCGGAUCCGUCAAGGACCGCGUUUCUCUCCAAAUCAUCAAACAAGCUGAGGAAGAAGGCCUGAUUCACCCCGAUACCGGCUCGUGCAUCUUUGAGGGAACUUCCGGCAGCACCGGUAUCUCGAUUGCUGGAAUCGCUCGCGCAAGAGGGUACAAAGCUCACAUCGUCCUAGCCGACGACGUUGCCAAGGAGAAGAUUCAGAUGCUCGAGGUCUUUGGCGCAGAAGUCGAGCCGGUCCGACCAGUCUCCAUCGUCGACCGACGACACUACGUCAACCUCGCGCGGCAACGAGCACUCGAAUUCGGCAAGCAGACGGUCGUUUCGACAACAAGCGGCGACACUCCUUCGCAAACCCCUCGCUCCGUCACUCCCGCUCCAUCGUCCUCCUCAUCCCGCAACGCGCCCGAUAUGCUCGUCACGUCUCGUACUCCUCCUCGUUCUUCCACCCCCUCGACAGACGCCUCUACCCUCCAGCCUUUCACGCCCUACCGCGAUCCACCACGCGGCGUCUUCGCCGACCAGUUCGAGAACACGUCGAACAUGCUCGCGCACGAGCAGGGCACGGCGGUAGAGAUCUGGAAGCAGACGGCGGGGAGGGUGGAUGGGUUCGUUAGUGGUGCCGGGACCGGAGGAACGAUUGCGGGCGUUGGGAAGGUUUUGAAGGAGAAGACAGGCGGGGCGUGCGAGAUUGUGUUGGCGGAUCCGCAGGGGAGCGGACUGUAUCAUAAGAUUCACGACGGCGUGAUGUACGCGGAGACCGAGUCGGAAGGCAAGCGGAGACGGCAUCAGGUCGACACGAUUGUCGAAGGGAUCGGCCUGAACCGGAUAACCAAGAACCUCGCUCGAGCAUUACCCAUCAUCGACGACGCUUUCCGAGUCACCGACGCCGAAGCAGUCGCCAUGUCCCGCCACCUCGCUCUCCACGACGGCCUCUUCCUCGGCUCCUCAUCCGCCGUCAACCUCGUCGCGUGCGUACGGCUCGCGCGGAAGUGGGGACGAAGAGGGCGGGGGAAGCGGAUCGUGACGAUCUUGUGCGAUUCGGGCGCGAGGCAUACGAGUCGGUUCUGGAACAACGACUACCUCGUCGCAGCCGGCAUCCCACUCUCGACCUCAAUCGACUUCCUCUUCUCCGAGCCCGACUCGGAUUCUCUCACCGACGAAGACAGCGAGGCCGGACCGGACCCGAGUCACGACUCGGAGCUCGCGAGCGACGAUCCGAGAGAACUGCCGCCCCCGCCUGUGGAGUUGCUCGUUCCGCGCGAAGGGGAGGAGAGAGUCUUUGGGCAUUCGUAG